GGGUGUGUCUUGGUGAGAGGUAGGUGUGUGACUGUGUGUCUGCUCAGCGGCCAUAAUAAUAUGAAAGGUCAGAUCAUUGGGACCCUUCGCUGUGUACAUAGCUCCCUGUAUCAACCAGCUUCUUGAUAAAUCCAAAGGGAUUAGCUCGUAUAAUCGUGAAGAAAAGAUGGGCGGGGCUGCCUUGUUGUUGAUGUUUGCUCUGCUGUUGACGUCAGCUUCUUGUCAAAUCGUGUUCGAGGUGGAACCAGAGGAUGUCUUGGCCGCGGCCGGUGCAAGCGUCCGCUUCGACUGCACGUUCACUCACCUCCUCCCCAUCAGCCGCGUCUCUCUCGUGGCUGCGCGACGGAGCCGUGCUCGCCAGCGACUCCCGCCACACGUACCACUCCAACGGGAGUCUGCAGAUCUCUCCAGUGGCCGCGGAAGACGAGGCAGACUACACUUGCAGAGUUACCGACACUACCACUCUGGAAAUCGCAGAACGAAGUGCAUCGCUCACUCUGGCUUUCAUUGUGGACUCCUUUCUUCUGAGUCCUGACCCAACGACUGUGGAUGAAGGGGACUCCCUCCUAUUGUUCUGCAUCCACGGUGGCAGUCUCCCGGCAGCUGCCAUCUCUUGGACUGUGGACGGCAACCCAGUAGAACCUUCAGACAGGGUCUCUGUUAACUCUUUGGUGUUGUCAGGGACGGACCCUCCCCAGACCUCGAGCUCUCUCUUCGUGUCGUCGACUGAGCCGGCAGACGAGGGCAGCUAUGCCUGCCAGGCCAGGAACGAGCUCUUGCCUGCGACAGUCAUCACCAGCAGUGGAGCCAAUGUCAACGUGAUUGGAAUGCCCCGCCCACCAACAAUAACAGAGCAUCCAUCAGACGUCACUGUCAUCCCCGGUGGAGUCGCCUCAUUCUCCUGUUCCGCCAGUGGGCAACCUCCUCCCACGAUCACCUGGUACCACAGCGGGGUCCAGCUGGUCCCUGGAGGAGAUGUGACAGUGACUGUCCAGUGGAGAGAGGUCCACUCUGGGGGUGGGUGGAGUGGGGGAGGAGGAGGAGGGGCAGUACCUCUGUCUGGCACAGAAUAGUCUCGGAUCUGCCAGCAGCGAAUCAGCUGAGCUCCAACUGGCCUUCCUGGACUCUGAGUUCCAGUUGACUCCUGCCAACACUGUGGCCACUGUCGGAAGAGACACUCGACUCGACUGUCUUCCCCCACCCAGCCACCCUUCUGCCACCAUCUCCUGGACCAGAAAUUACGCCCAGCUCCCAGUGGAGAGGUUCUCCCUCCUAACGAACGGGAGUCUCCUCAUCUCCUCGGUCGUCCUGGGAGACCAGGCCGUCUAUCACUGCGUCGCUACUAACAUCUCCUUGGAGUGUCUGCCACCAGUGGCUCUGCACAGCUCACUGUACUCUCUGUACCCACAGUGACUCCAGACUCAAUCUCAGUCUCCAUCGGCCAAUCAACGACGUUCCUCUGUGAGGCCUCGGGGUCCCCGCCCCCCUCGUUAACCUGGUUCAACGGGACCACAGAGAUCACGGGGAGCACUCCCCGCACCGUCCUCACCCCCACCACCCUCACACUCUCACACAUUGUGAGGGAGGACCAGGGGGAGUAUGUCUGUCUGGCUACCUACCUCAAUGGAACCACUCAGUCUAGUGCAAGUCUCUGGGUCACCGCUCCUCCUCUGUUUGUUGAUUCCUCCGUCUCCCUGACAACCGUGGAGGGUCAUGAUGUCACUCUCCCGUGUGCCACUUUCCCCGACCCUUCUCUCUCCUUCACCUGGUUCUUUGACGACGUCCAGAUCUCGUUACCCAGUGACGAAGAGGGAGGCCCUGUCCUCCUCACCAAUGGCAGUCUCCAUCUCUCCUCAGUGAGGGACAGUCGGGAGGGAGAGUACACCUGUGAGGCCAGGAACAAUCUUGGAACUGCAGAGGGCACUGUCCACCUCACUAUCUUUGAGGCACCCUCCGUGACUCCCUCCCCUGCCACCGUGACUGUGACCGAGGGAGACACAGCCGUCCUCAGCUGUGUCGUGACAGGAGACCCGACCCCCGUCCUCAGCUGGUACCACACUGGGACGCUCCUGCCCGGGGAGACGGAGGGCAGCCUCACUCUGGAGGGAGUGGGCAGGGAGGAGGAGGGAUUGUAUGAGUGUGUCGCCAGUAACCAGGUCGGAGAUGACAGAGCCAUCAUCACACUUGUUGUCUACACCCACCCAACGGUUGUAGUAUCUCCAUCACUACUGGAGCUCCAGAUUAGCUCCAUGGCAACAUUCUCCUGCACCGCAUCAGGAAACCCCGUCCCUAUCGUCACGUGGACUAACGAGGAGGGCGUUGACGUGGCAACGCUGGGAGACCCUCGGAUACGUGUGGUGGGAGGGACCCUGACAAUCAGUGAAACUGUUGAGUCAGACACACAGAUGUUCAACUGUACAGCCAGUAAUGUGGUGGGCAGUGACUCCGCCACUGUCAGUCUCAAUGUACUAGUUCCCCCAGCAGUGUCUCUGCCUCCCGCCAUGCUGGCCAGUCAGGGAGACUCCCUCAUUCUCAACUGUCAACCCACUGGCAACCCUCCUCCCUCUCUCUCCUGGUUCAAGGACGGCCAGCCACUGGUUCCAGACAAUGAUAGACUCACAGUCUCUCGUCAGACAGUUGUCAUAACCAGCCUGUACUCCAUUGACCAGGGUAACUACUCCUGCCUGGCCACAAGCACUCAGGGAGCUGCCACAGCCAGCACCUUCCUUACUGUCCUUGUUAUUCCAGUGAUUCAUGCUGGGGUAUCCGUGGUAACGGUAACCGAGGGCGACACGGCAGUGUUGGACUGCAAUGCGACGGGGAAUCCCCCUCCGACGGUGUCCUGGUUCCAUUCCUCUCUGCCCGUCCCGGAGCCAGACGACACGAGGCUGGGCCAGGCGGCCAACAACAGUCUGAUAGUGACUGGGGUAAUGGAGGAAGAUGGAGGACAGUACUUGUGUCAGGCUGUCAACGAGGCAGGGAGCGAGACUGCUCAGAUACAGCUCGUGGUCUAUGUUGCUCCUCUAGUAACACCACUAGAGAGCUCCGUCACAAUAGUGGAGGGUUCAGAGGUCACAUUGACCUGCUCGGCCACCGGCCACCCCACUCCGACCGUCUCCUGGCAACGUAACGGAGGGGAAGUCCCCAGUGACUCCACCCCCAACCUGUCGUCGGAGGGCGGGGAGGGGGCAGGGUCACUGAUCAUAUCUCCUGUGAGGGGUGAGGAUGGUGGGGUGUGGGAGUGUGUGGGGACCAACAUCAUCGCUAGCAACCGAGAGUCCAUCACUCUCACUGUACUAAUUCCACCGUCCAUCCUCUCCCUCCCUCACACUGUCACUGUCACCGAGGGCACACCUCACACCAUCAUCUGCACGGCAACGGGGGACCCGCCCCCACUAAUUACCUGGUUACGAGGGGGUGUGGUCGUCUCCGCCCAGGGUAGUCUAUCGUUGGAGCCCAGUGCAAACAGGAGUGACACGGGGCUCUAUACAUGUACUGCAGCCAAUACAGCAGGCAGAGACAGUAGAGAUGUCACCAUAGACGUCCAAUACCCUCCCACCAUCACCCAGUCCCCAGUCUCCCAAACCACACACCUCCACUCCCCCGUUCUCUUCCAGUGCUCCGCCCACGGAAACCCCGCCCCCCUCAUCACCUGGAAUUUCCAGGGGUCCCCCAUCGCGGGGGUCCAGGAGGGAAAUUUCACGGUUCCCUCAGCGGGGGCAGAAGACGUGGGGACCUAUAGCUGCGUGGCCAGUAACUCACUAGGACAGACCUCAGCUGAUGCCACUCUCUUCGUCCUCUUCCCCCCAUCCCCACCGACUCUCCUGGGUGCCGUGGCAACAGGCUCCACCACCAUCUUCCUCCAGUGGACACCCGGCACCGACGAUGGGGGGAGCCCCCUGACUAAUUACGUCAUCGAAUACCGCCUGUUGAAUGAUGAAUCGUUCAUCUCAGUCGUCGCCAGUGUUGACGACCUGAGUGCCACCAUUAGUGGGUUAACCCCUUAUGGACUGUACGAGGUGCAGGUGAGGGGAGAGAACGCAGUAGGUCGCGGAGACCCCAGCUCCUCUCUCUCCACACGGACUCAUUCUGAAGCUCCGAGUGCCCCGGGAGACUUUGCUGUGGUCUCCUCCACCUCCACCUCCAUCUCUCUGUCAUGGAGCACCCCUCAACCUCUCAACGGUCAACUGGCAGCCUACCAGCUAGAGUAUGGGGCCGAAGACACCUUUGAUCUCUCUCACCAGACCAGGUUCUUGACGACCACUGAGAUAGAGGUGGCGGGAGUUGAGGCAGGGGUGACGUAUCUCCUAAGAGUGAGGGCGAGUACAGUAGGCCAGGACGGACUGUUCCUCUGGGGUCCUUACUCACUCCUGAGAGUCAGAGAUGGACACACUUUGGAGAUUCCUACCCUCCCUCCCUCCCCCUCUCCUUCUCCUUCUCCUAGUCCAUCUUCUUCCUCCUCCCCAUCUCCUGUGGUUACCAGCUCCAGUCCGCAACCAGUACCGACAUCGUCCAGAACUGAGCCCAUCGACAGAACUAGUUCUUCUGUGACUGCUGUUCCAUCGUCUUCCUCCUCCUCCUCCUCAUCCCCCUUCUCCUCCACACCCACCCCCUCUCCCCCUCCUCCUUCUUCUCCUCCCACAGUCACUCCCACAGACCUGUCUCUCUCUGCUACUGGUGUUGGUACCAUCACUGUGUCUUGGAAGCCUCCGAUAUCAGAGCUGGAAACUGUAGACGGCUACACCAUUAUCCUCUCCCCUCCCCACCUUCCUCCCACCCUCAUCCCUCACCAGACCACACCCACUGACUACUCUGUCACCCUCACAAACCUCACCAGCUUCACCGAAUACACCGUCACCGUGGCAACCUACAAUGAGGGUGGACAGGGGCCCUUGUCAUUGUCAGGGGUAAUCAAAACGAUUGAAUCAGCACCAUCAGCACCGCAAGACGUACCGUCGUAAUUUUAUCAGACAGAAGUAUACUGGUGACAUGGUUGCCCCCGGCGAUGCCCAAUGGGAUCAUCACUAGCUAUACACUGCUGGUGCAGGUCAACUCCACCGGGGAAGAGGUGUUCUCCCUCUCCCUCGCUGUCCCUUCCUCCAGUCACCUGGCCUCUCAGUCAGUCACAGUCCCAGACCUGGCUCUGGACUCAUUCCGGUACCGGAUCCUGGUGACUGCAGCCAACAGAGCUGGCACCGGACCCUCCUCCAAACCCGUCUUCAUUGGUUCAGGAACAUUCAUACAUGUAGUAUGACAUGUGUGGGUAGGAAAGCCCCUCUCAAUUACAUUCAUUCAGAAAUCUUGGUAGCGGGGUUCGCAUGGCAUACUACGCACGAGCUACUGUAGCUCUGACAAUUUAGCCCAAUAACACCUCGAAGUUGUAAAUGCACCCUACAAUUUGAAUUUUUAAAGCCACACACUAUAGUGUCAUUUCUUUGCAUGUGGACAUCAUCGCAGUAACCCAGCCUUUGGCUAGCAGCGAGAGGGACUCUGACUACUACAUCGUCAGAAUCGUACCGCCAAUUGUGGGCGCGGCUUUGAUAGUCGUUGCCGUGGUGAUGUUUGGGCUCCUCUGGCGAUACUGUCGGGACUACAAGCUGCGCAUGAAGAGAAAAGGGAUGUACAAGUUUUCUGGCGCUGAAAGUGGAAGCGAUUUUGAGCUCAAGGCUCGGCUGGACGAGGGAGCGGUUGCCGGGGACGACAUCGAGACCUCAGUCUACUAUGUGAAGGAUGCACUUGAUGCCAAUGUGACGUAUGCAGCAGGUCCUCAGAUCCACACGGUGACAGAGAGGAGAAGAGAGGAGGAGGAGGAGGAGGAGGAGGAUGGGUGGAGAGAGGAAGAUGUGGACACACCAGAUCUUGGAGACUACCUAACAGGAGAGGGGGAAGAGACAGAUCUACUGGCGGAAGGUCGCGAUGCUCUCCAGGAAUCUCCCUCCCAUGCCUACUCCGACCGCCCUGACUCUCUCGAGUUCCCCUCCCUCCCUCACCCUUCCCACCCUCACUCCUCCCCCUCACACCCUCUCCCCGCCCACACCUGAUGGCUGAGGACUCUGGCAGUCAAGACUCCCUCUCCAAACCUCCCUAUCAGCCAGGUGACUACUCGUACGAGGAGCUGGACGCCAUAAGAGCGAGGAAGGUGCAGAUGAGAGCCAAGAGAUUCCGACAGACAAACCCAGAGUCAACUGGGUACUCCUCCGGAGGACUCAUGGAGACGAGGAUAGGGGCCGUGGGGGGCGGGGCAGUAGGCGGGGCCAGGGGGGGAGUCCCCUCUCGUUAGCAACGGACACGUAACCCCAGGAGACCUAGCACACAUGUACUAACUGCACACACCUUCCCUACCACACCAUCUGUAACAUGUACAUACUUAUGUACACACCGAGUGACUUAAUCUGACAUAAUAAAGAUAGC